CCAAGCCUGCCUGAUGGGUUCACCUCCCGGUAAAUCUGGGUUCUCGCUCGUUCUGCGCAGUUGUUUCUCGGGAGAGAGGAACCACUCAUUGAGAGCUGGAGGUGAAGAGGAUCCCUUCGGAUGAAGAUGUGGAAGAUCAAGGAGAGAAAGAGACUGGCCCACGGUCACAAGAUACUGACACGGUUGGCCCAAGCACUUUCCACCACGAUCGUAGGGGAAAGACAAGGUCACCCGCUUUCAUCUAAUGGCGGAAAGGGGCCACUGAGAGGGCUGUUGACUAGUGAGGGAUUUUAAGAGGAGAGGAAUGAGGAAAAGGAGGGGCUGUACGAGCUGUCUGGCGCAUAGAUGCACGCUCACCAGCAUACACCUACAGGCUGUCACACAUUCUCACAGGCACAUGUACACUUUUACACACCAAGUUCUCUAUGGUCCCAGAUCCAGCCUUCAGUGCGCUCCAGAGGGGCUGCCCUGGGUUCUGGCUGUAGCCCUUCUGUCUCUCUGCUUCAUCCCUCCUCUGCCUCCUAGCGCCCAACUGCUGUCACUUCGUGCCCUGCCAAGGAGGAGGGAACUGCAGUGACAGCAGGAGAGAGAGGCAGGACAGAGUCGUGGGGUACAGAGAGGUAUGGAGAGGGAGAUGCUGAGACCAGGUUAACAGUGAGACCCAGAGAGGGGGCUGAGGAGCAGGGUGAGGGGUGGUGAGAGCCCCGGGGGAAGCAGGAACUGAAAGGAGCGGCAAGAGGGGACAAGACAGGAAGACUUGUGGGUCACAGAACAACUCAGCCAUGCCAGGAGCAAAGCGACACUGGCGACCAAGACUCCCACCCAGCCCCAGGCUGCCCUUGGCCCUGAUACUUCUGACCCUAGGGAAUGGGUGGGCCCAAGAGGGGGCAGAGCCUGUCCUCCUGGAGGGGGAAUGCCUGGUGGUCUGUGAGCCUGGCCGAGCUGCUGCAGGGGGGCCUGGGGGAGCAGCCCUGGGAGAGGCCCCCCCAGGAAGAGUGGCAUUUGCUGCAGUCCGAAGCCACCACCACGAGCCAGCAGGGGAGAUCAGCAAUGGCACCAGUGGGGCCAUCUACUUUGACCAGGUCCUGGUGAAUGAGGGUGGUGGCUUUGACCGGGCCUCGGGCUCUUUUGUGGCCCCUGUUCGUGGUGUCUAUAGCUUCCGGUUCCAUGUGGUGAAGGUGUACAACCGCCAGACUGUCCAGGUGAGCCUGAUGCUGAACACGUGGCCCGUCAUCUCAGCCUUUGCCAACGACCCUGAUGUGACCCGAGAGGCAGCCACCAGCUCUGUGUUACUGCCCCUGGACCCUGGGGACCGAGUGUCCCUGCGCCUGCGUCGGGGGAACCUACUAGGGGGCUGGAAAUACUCAAGCUUCUCAGGCUUCCUCAUUUUCCCACUCUAAGGGUUCAGGCCUUUCAAGGACUGGAAUCUAACCCCUGCCUUCUGCCCUCUGCCCUCUGCCCUCUCCUGCCCCAGAAGCAGCAUCUUUGGAGUAGGAGAGAGGCUCCCUGUGGCUGCCUGUAUUCCACCUUCUUGCAUGGAACCCUGUGCCUAACACCCAAGGUGAAGAGUAGAGCUGUGGUGUCUGGGGACUUGGCCCCCCUCACCUACCCUCCCACCCCCAUCCUCCCACUGCGUCUCUUUGUGCCUGCAAGGUACGGCAGGUGGCAAGGCCUGUGCUACUUUGCAGACUCUGUUCUUCCUGUUCCUCCACCCCCAGCCUUCUGCUCAGUGCUAUUUGGGGACAGGUGGCACAGGUGAGCCUGACAGGCCCCCCCACAGGGACCCAGAUGGACCAGCCUCAGUGUACCCUGCAGGCUCCUUCCUAUGAGGUGUGCCAGCAUCACGGAUCUUGGCCAGCAGAGUCAGAAGCCGAGCCAGCACAGUGUGGGCUAGGGCAGGAGGCUUAGCGACCAGCAGAAGUGUGGGGAGGACCACACGACAGCCCAGAGCCUGUGGCUGGUGGGGCAGGAAGGCCAUGUGCCCAGACUGAACAUGGUACACACUUUUCAUGUACACUGGGGCAGCCAGCAGACAGUGAAUCUGGGCAUCCAUCUGUGCAAGGUCCCCGAUGGACUCUGGCCCUCACCUCCCCACCUAAGACGUGGGGCGUGUGUGUUUGCUGCAGCCAAGAGUGGGUGUGCUGAGCUUCCUUGGACAGCUGGAGGUAGGGGUAGACAGUCACACGUGGGCAAGUACUGAUCUCCAAGCAUGACACACGUCAAUGACGCGGCCACCUCCUAGAACCUUUGUGAUCUGAACUUCAACGACUCCACAUUCUGACCGCCACCCUCCCAGCUCUCUCAGCUACCUUCACUGUACCUGUCCCAAACUAGUCCUGGUCUCUCUUCUUUCUCCUGAUUUGUGCUGUUUUGUCCUCCUUCUUAAACUUCCUAUUGUCUUAGAUGCUAUGAUUCAUCCCUUCAGCCACUCUCCUGCCAGUGUUAUAAAAUCUCUAUGUCUUGCCGCACGCUGUCCCAUUCUCCCAGCAUGGAUAAACCUAUCAGUAAAGCAACUAGAGAAUGACAGUCAAUGAGAAACCACAGGAGCCCUGAAGAGACAAGAUGCCAUUUACAAUUUGGAUCAGGGGUUACAGGAUACAAGCAGGUAUGUUUAGAGAAGAGAAAUGUAAAAUUGUAUAUUUGAGUCAAAUACAAAAGGAAAUUAGUAAUGCUUAAAUUACAUAGGAAGCACCAACGCGGAUGUGUGGCUUUCAAAAGAAGUAACUUUUUCAAAAUUUGUCACUAAAGUAGCUAGAAACAAUAUUAGAAAAAAUCUGAUAUGCAUUCUGAGCACCUGGAUCUUUGCCUCAAAUACGAUUCACUUUUAAAAGAACUUGGGGCGGGGCGCCUGGCUUGCUCAGUUGGUAGAACGUGUGACCCUUGAUCUAGGGGUUGCAGUUUAGAGCCCCACAUUGGGUGUAGAGAUUACUUAAAAAUAAAAGUCAUAAAUAAAUAAAUACAUAAAUAAAUACAUAAAUAAAUAAAAUAAAAAGAACAGAACUCCAUCUCUUAAAUAACUCUAUGCCUGGAGCAUGUUGUUAAUGACAAAAAGCAAGGAUACUUUUUAAACUGUAUCGGGUAGAGCCGAAAAGGCAAAGGAAUCCAUUUUCAAAUUCUCCCACCCCUUGACAUGCUGUGACCAUUUGAUCAUCGAAAGGAAAAUAAUACAGUUAAUUGGAACAAGGUGAAUUUUUAAAAUCCAUGACUCUGUAGUGAUAUUUAAAAGGGAAAAAGUCACUAUAAAAUGUGCAAAAAGAUAGUUAAUUUAUCAAGUGAAGAAGAACAAAUAUAAUCAUAUAUAUUUAGCUAAUUCUGAUAAGUAGAAGAGUGUAAAUAUAGUGAGUAUUUUAUCUCUUCGUAAAGUAUACUUAUUUUUCUUUAUCUGUAUAAGUAGGGAAGGGUGGACACAUAGAGCUGUGAGUGAUUCCAGAAAAAGUUGGAACUGUAUCAAGAAUGGAGGAGACUGAUUGGCACCAUCUGGUCAUAUAUCACAACCAGGAAGAAGGGGAGCCCAACAGUGUGUUGCAAGAUGAUGAAUUAGUCAAACGUCCAAAAGAUAACUGCUCACAGCUCAAAUUUGAUCCUUCAUUUCUUGGGAAAGGGAGCCUCUAUGUCACCAAACUAAUUUCAAUGAGAUUGCAGUAACAGCAAACCCAAAAUAAUAACGGGUUAACCAACAAAGAAGAUUAUUUCUGUCUCACAUAGAAGAAUUCACAAAUAAAGAGUAGGGCUGGAUCACAGUUUUAUGAUGAUUGCAGCCAAGUUUC